AUGGGUCGUCGCUUGACGUUGCCAAAAAAGAAAAACUCGAGGAAAACACUAAUGGAGAGGAUCAAUGUGGGAAUGCAUGUAGAUAUACGACGUUCAGAUGGUCGAGUUCACAAUGCUGUUAUUAGUGAAGGGGAAACCAAAGGUAAAGAGAUCGAUUUGAAAACGCUGUUAGCAAUCAAUCCAACAUUGGCUGCAGCACCUCCUUCCACGUCUUCAUCUAUGAAUUUUGCGCCUCCAACCAUCAACGAUGAGAAUCAUUCAACAGUAGUAGCAGCACCAACAGAACUUCAACAAAGAACCCAGAAUAAUAACGAAAUGGAAAUUAGACGCCAAAGCCAAAAAUUGGCUACUUCACGAGCCAAUAAUGUUGCUUCACUGUAUACAGCUGCAAAUGGAAACAAUGCUGCAUUGAACACACAGUUGAAUGGACAUAAUCGUGCAAGUCUGCUACAAGCACCCAGUAAACUUCCUCCACCAAAGCAACAGCGUUACACACUUGACCCGUCAUGUUUCGAAGUUGAUUCUUUGACAGCAGCAGCGAACGAAACGGUGGAUAUUAAUGCACUAAAGGCUAGCCAACAACAUCAGCAGAAGUCUUCUACGGUGCAGGAAAUUGAACGACUACAGAGAAAUAGAGAAGAACGACGUGCGCAGCAGCAAGAGGCACGAAGGCAAAAAGAGCAACUAAAGAGCAUUGAUCCUGGUAAUCCUAAUUGGCAAUUUUUGACAAUGAUACGUGAUUACCAGUCACAGAUUGAUUUCCGUCCAUUGAAGAUGUCUGAUCAGGUGAUUGAUCACCGAAUCUGCGUUUGUGUUCGAAAGAGGCCUCUUAACAGGAAAGAAAUCAUGAAAAAAGAGAUUGAGGUAAUAACGAUUCCAAAUAGGGACCAUUUGAUUGUUCAUCAACCCCAAGUAAAAGUGGAUUUGACGAAAUAUUUGGAAAAUCAGAAAUUUCGAUUUGAUUACACUUUUGACGAGAAUACGAGUAAUGAGAUGGUUUACAAGUUCACCGCACAGCCACUUGUGAAAACAAUCUUCGAACAGGGUUUUGCUACAUGCUUUGCAUAUGGUCAAACGGGAUCUGGUAAAACUCAUACUAUGGGUGGUGAUUUCACAGGUAAAAUACAGGAUUGUACAAAAGGUAUAUACGCCCUUACAACAAGUGAUGUGUUCAAACUGUUACACAAAGAUUACAAAAGGCAUAGCCUUCAAGUUUGUUGUAGCUUUUUCGAGAUAUACGGUGGCAAGGUUUUUGAUCUUAUCGGGAAUAAGGCCAUGUUACGGGUGUUAGAAGACGGUAAAAAAGAGGUUCAGGUGGUUGGAUUGCAAGAAGUGCCGGUUCAUGAUGAGGAUGAUGUACUGGAAUUGAUAAAAAAGGGAACAGUGAUACGGACAGCCGGCACAACUUCUGCUAACGCCAACUCAUCUCGAUCGCAUGCUGUGUUUCAAAUUAUUCUCCGUAAAAAAACGGAGAAAGGAUUAGGUCGUGUGUGGGGAAAAUUUUCUUUGAUUGAUUUAGCAGGCAAUGAGCGAGGUGUUGAUACGAUAAAUACGGAUAGGCAAACUCGCAUGGAAGGUUCGGAAAUUAAUAAAUCUCUUCUAGCUCUUAAAGAAUGUAUAAGAGCAAUGGGUCGAAAUUCAGCGCAUGUCCCAUUCCGAGCUUCUAAAUUAACACUUGUUCUUCGUGACAGUUUCAUUGGUUCAAAUGCAAGGACGUGUAUGAUAGCAAUGAUUAGUCCUGGUAUGUCUUGCUGCGAGCAUACUCUGAACACCUUACGAUAUGCUGACAGAGUGAAAGAAUUAGGUGCUGAAGAUGGAUCAAAUGCACCAAUGGAAGAUGAAGAGUUCAUGUUAAACAAUAUUGAUGAAGAUUAUGAUAUCCUGCAGUCAAAAAAUGAAUUGAACGAUGAAAGAUAUCGAUUGCAGCGAACAUUGCAAAAUAUAUCCCUGGCAGAAGAGAAGUCUUGUAACGAAUUAACUACAUUAUACGAAGAUAUAGAGAGAACAAAGACGGAGAUGGCGUCGUUGUUGAAACGACCUAGUAAAGUGGAUUAUGAUAUUGAUGCUUUUGCUAUCGACUUGCAAAAUUUUGCUCGUGAGCAACGUGAUAGAUAUAUACGUUUAUUUGAUAAUGCUGAGUGUCUAGUGUCAGAACUCGGCAGAGAAUCCGAAAUUAGUAAAAAACAAACAAAUCAUAAACGGCAUUGA